AUUGGCAAAAUGAGGUAUGUCAGUGUUCGUGACUUUAAAGGGAAAGUCUUAAUUGAUAUUAGAGAAUAUUGGAUGGAUCAAGAAGGUGAAAUGAAGCCUGGCAGAAAAGGUAUUUCUUUAAAUCCAGAACAGUGGAACCAGCUGAAGGAACAGAUUUCUGAUAUUGAUGAUGCAGUAAGAAAACUGUAA